AUGGUAAGCCUACAGCCGCGUCGCCCCACGAACAGUCAAGUUGGCUGUUGGAGUGUCUUUGAGGCUUUCGCCACAGGUGCUGUGGCUGAAGCAGAUGCUGGCGGUGGAGCCGGAGCGACAACGGCACAGGCUGCCUCCGGCGAUGCCACAUAUGAAGGUGGCUGGCUGAACAGCCAGAAGCACGGCCACGGGAGCUUGACACUGAAGGACGGCUCAAAGUACGUCGGUCAGUUCAAGCAUGACAAGAAGGAGGGAAAAGGCAUCUACCAUUAUCCAUCUGGUGCCAAAUAUUCAGGCGAUUGGGUCAAUGACCUUCAGGAAGGGGAAGGCAAGGAGGAGUGGGCAGACGGAUCUGUCUUCGAGGGCCAGUUCAAGGCCGGUGCCAAGCACGGGCGCGGGAAGUUUGUUUGGUCCACGCUCUGUCGUUACGAAGGCGAGUUUGACAACAACGACAUGCAUGGUGAGGGGGUCUACACUUGGAAUGACGGCCGCGGUUACUCCGGCCAGUGGAAUCGCAACACCAUGGCUCCCAGAGGGAAGAUGUGGUGGUCUGACGGCCGCACUUACGAGGGGGAAUUCUUGGAUGGGCGAAAGCACGGCGAGGGCACUCUGAAGUGGCCGGACGGGCGGUCCUACAGUGGGCAGUGGCAGGAUGGCAAGCAGCAUGGCUCUGCGAUAGCGCGGACGGCCAAGGGCCUGCGGCGCAAGAGCAUUUGGAAGGACUGUGCGCCAUCCUGCGUCAUGGCCUGCUUGCUGUAG